AUGUCAGAUCCCCGGAAAAGACGCGAGGGGAACAAAACCGACGAGUCGGGAUACUCCAUUUCACCAUCGCUUUUCGAAAACCUUACCAUCGCGACCAAGUAUGUCCAGCAAGGUGACGCUAUAGAGAUUGAUCAACAUGAUGAAUCCUGCACUACGACUCUCCAACGUUUUCUUUCGGUAAACGCAGUUCUGAGCACAGCAUCGUCAUUUGCUAUCCGCCAACAACAAGCGGCAGAGCAAGAUCUUCCGCUUCAAGUCAUCGGAGAAGGAUUUUGCGGUGUGAUAUACGACUUCCCUAGCAGGGGACUCGUCAUCAAGGCCGGUAGAUCAAACAAGAAGCAAGAGAUGUGGGCUGAUCAUGUGGCUCACGUCAAGAUGUGGGAGGCUUCGAAAACCACAAAGUCUUACGCCAUGCCAAGACCUGCAUAUAUCGUACAAGUCGAGGACCUUCAAGCUUGGAAGAUUGCUCACCGCAAGGAGAUCAAGAGUCACUCGGGAUUUUUCUUCGAUCCCAGCGCGAUCAUGGUAUCUGAACGCAUUCUCCCACUACCUCGAAGCAUCCGUGAAGCGCUUGUGUCCGUCUUCUGUCCGUCCGACAUGAAAGCCGACGCUUCAAACAACCCAGCAAACAAGCAUUGCUUGAUACGCAUUUACCUUGGACGCAGACGCAUGAAUAAAAGAGUCGAAAACAAAUUCUCUCUGCGAAACUUUGAGCUCACGCUCGAUAAGAUGGAGAUCUUGGGUGUAGACCCCCAGCAAUAUGUUCAGCCAAUGGCUGAGGCAUUGGCGGUCAUGCACUGGGCUGCUCAGAUUGAUGGUGCAGAUGUCGAAUUCGUUCUUGGCAGUUCUCCCGAGCGUCGCAUAUCUGCUCAAACCCUGGACUCAAUUGACCUUGAAGGGGAUAUCAUCACGACGUGGAAUAUGGAUGAAUCGAAAUCAAGCGGCAUCAACUUUCUCCGACGCAGCGUGAGCAUCUUCUUACUGGAUUUCAAUCAAUGCAGAAGAAUGCCGCCCACUCCCAAGGGCAUUGAUGAUGCUGUCAAAGCAUUCUGGGAAAAUGACCCAUACUAUCCAAGACCUGGCUACAAGGAGGGAUCCCAAGAGUGGAUGCUUUGGGAACAGUUCAAGGGCCACUACUUAGUCAAGAGUUAUAAGAUUCUGGAUGACUCUGCUACAAUGCCCGCCGAGUUUCUCCGCAGAGUCGAAGAGCAUGGAAAUUCAGCUGCAAGGCAGCUAUUCAUGGGCGGCCCCCCUCCAAAUUCUGCUACGGCUUCCUCAAGUCCCACUCCUGGUCGUUCAAGCUCUAUGCAAGCUUCACAGAGCCCGAUACCGGGUUCUUCAAGCUCUAUAGCAGACACGAAGAAAGGCAACAACAACAAGAAGCAGAGGAAUUGUCUGAUGACCGAGUACAAAGUACGCGCCGCGCAGAAGAGCGCAGAACAAUACGCCAAGAUUCCCGUUGAAUGGCGUAUCGAUCAAACUGUUCCCCCUCCCAAAGACACGGACACCUUUCUUCGUUCAUCUGGAGUCUUGAGCGCGGAAGAGCUUGCUUGUACGGAAGUUGAAGACAUCCAAGUCUUACUUGAGCAGAUUGCGACUCGAAAGUUGAGCGCAGUCCAAGUCCUCAAAGCGUUCGCGAAGCGAGCAGCCAUAGCCCAGCAGCUAGUGAAAUGCUGCACAGAGCUCAUGUUUGAAGAGGCUCUCAAACGAGCCAAGGCUCUAGAUGUCCAUCUAGAGCGGACAGGCUCCGUAGUUGGGCCAUUGCAUGGACUCCCGGUAUCCCUUAAGGACAUAUUCGACGUCAAAGGGUUUGACUCUACCAUCGACACCGGUGGUUCCAUACGUAUCCCAGCAGCUCUGCAGGGACUUUACGGGCUCAAACCGACUGUUGGACGACUACCAUUCGAGGAGUCGAGCAAAUGGAAAUUUAUCGCACCGCCAGUGGCUGGUCCCCUAGCAUUCAGCCUCUCGACAAUCGAGACCUUCAUGGAUGGCAUCUUGUCUUGUGAGCCGUGGCGAAGUGAUCCGACGUUGCUGCCCAUCCCGUGGGGCAAGGAGCUCGCGGCCAAGCCCGACAAGCCUCUCAAGAUCGGAUAUUACAUCAAUGACAACGUCGUCCGUAUACAGCCGCCUAUUGAACUGAUCGAAUGGGACCCCACCUCGCUUGCUGAAGCUUACAAGGAUUGUACAACUGCCACAUUCGCUGAUGGCGGUGAGUCUCACAGGAUGCUGAGUGAGGCCAGCGGAGAGCCCUCAGCUCAAGCACGGAUGAUAUGCACUACCUCGACUAAUGAAAUUACACAGCUGGCUGCCAAAAAGCUCAAGUAUGAGCAAGAAUACCUCAAGCGCUGGAACGAGGCAGGUGUUGACGCCCUCAUCACGUCGGUGGCACCCUGGGUCGGGAUGAGACCCAGAGUGUGGGCCAGGUCAAAGCCUCACGUCGAAUACACCUCGCACUGGAAUUGGCUUGAUUAUGCAGCCUUGACGAUCCCCGUAAUGCGAGCUGAAAGCGAUGGUGCCUCGAGCCAGCAGUGGACUGAUCAUGUCCCAUGUAACAAGAGCGAUGAGAUAAACUACCAGCUGUAUGAUUUUGAGCAGAUGCGCGGCAUGCCGGUUGGUGUGCAGAUUAUUGGAGGAAAGUAUGGAAACCACCAGUACCUUGCUAGCCGCUGCGUGCUGGCGAAAGAGAACACGAUGACCAGUUCGCCGGCAUCGCCGCGACGGCGACAUAUCCUUUCGUCUGUCAAUCCCGGCGACAGUCACGAGAACACACCAGAGCCAACCAAGCGCAAAUCGCCGCCCGCUCCAACAGACGCAGGAGCAGAAGCGCAAUCGCAAGCAGAACCAGGCGACAGCGAAAACCUGCGACCUAGAUCAUCCCGCUUUCGAUUAAAAUCCAAACAUUCAAAGUCGAGCCGAUCGCAUCGUCACCGCGACCGUGAACGUGGCCAUGAUCCAGACGCCGCCGACAAUGACGAAUCCCGCUCAGAACACCGCCACAGUCGCCGCCACCACCACCACAGCAGCAGCCGGCGACAUCGCAGACGUUCACGGUCCCCGACGCCACCGAACCCCUACGAACCCCAGGCCCUCGACCCAGACGCCGCAUUCCGCGAAUCCCUAUUCGACGCGAUGGCCGACGACGAGGGCGCGGCAUACUGGCAGGGCGUCUACGGGCAGCCGAUACACGUCUACUCGAACGAGAGGCCAGGCCCAGAAGGCGAGCUCGAGCGGAUGACGGACGAAGAAUACUCCCAGCACGUCAGGCAAAAAAUGUGGGAGAAGACACACCAGGGCUUACUAGAAGAGAGGGCCCGUCGGGAAGAAGCACGGAAACGCAAAAAGGAAGAGGAAAAGGUGAAUAGGAAGCUCCAAGAAGACAUGGAGCGGAGCCUGCGUCACGGGGAGGAGCGGCGCAAGAAGAGAGCAUGGGUCCAGCUGUGGGAAGAGUACACACGAGGCUGGACGGAGUGGGCCAACAACGUGGACAAGAUUCCCUGGCCCGUAGAAAGCGGUCGACGGAGAGACAUUAACGAAAAGGAAGUCCGGCGGUUCAUCGUCAACGGGCUCGGGCUGGAGGAUAUUGGCGAGAAGGAGUUCGCUGCGAAGCUGCGCGAGGAGCGCGUGCGGUGGCAUCCUGACAAGAUGCAGCAGAAGCUUGGCGGACAGGUGGACGACGAGGUUAUGAAGGACAUUACGGCGAUUUUCCAAAUCAUUGAUAAGUUAUGGGCAGAUACCCGGUCGAAGGCGUAA